AUGGAGUUGCGGGACGGGCUGGAGGGUUGUGGAAGGAGAGGUAAUAUUGAGGGCUUUGCAGUGGCCAUCCGUGCGAUCUUGUUAUCAUUAGAUGAACUGUUAAAAUGUGUUCCAGAUGGUUGCCUUCUGUUUCGAACGUUCCUGAAAGGAGAAUUCAGUGAUGAGAAUGUCGAUUUCUGGAUAGAAUGCGAAGAAUUCCGGAAGAUGAAGGAGGGCAAGAAAUCGACAAUCCAGAAAGCACAUGCAAUAUACAAUCAAUACAUCGCGGAGCAGUCACCAAAAGAGGUUAAUUUGGACAGUGACACCCGCGCAGCAACAAAAGCAGCUUUGGAAAGUGGCGCAAGAUUGAAUACCUUCUCGCUAGCACAGACUCGUAUUGAGCAACUCAUGGCUAAAGAUAGCUAUAGGCGAUUUUUGAAAUCCAAGCUUUUUCUGGAUUUGCUCAAUAAUGGCAGUACAAGCAACGGUAGCACGGAGUCCAGCACCGAGAAACUGCCGCAGGCUGAUCAUAAGGAUCGCGGCCGAUAA